ACCCCUCGCUGCGUCUUCCUCCGUCUCUCCUCUCUCCGCGACUCUCUCUCGCUCUCUCCCCUUCCUCUUACUUCCUCACUAGAUUUACACGGUCAAUUCGAAGUACAUAAACAGUUUCCACUGCCACUACUAUUACUAUUACUACUAUUACUGCUACACAUUAGGCUUUCAGCUCUGUUGCAGCAGCUGGUGUUAGCAGCAUACGUACACACAUACAUACACACAUAUAUAUAUAUAAAUAUCUGUGAACCACUACUGUUACCGCCACCACCACCACCACUAGCUUUGCUGUGGUUUUGGUUGUUCAGAAUCGUCUCCACAGACAAGAGCCAGCAUCAUGGAUACCUUCAGUGGUGACAGUUCUUUCCGCGAAAUGCAAGAUUCUGGAAUAGAUGACAUAUGGGAAAUUCUUCAGGAUGAUUUUUAUGAAUUAAAAAGUAAAGUUGUUGUCGGAAGCCCUUCGCCCGAAAUUAAACAUGCAAAUCACACCAAUCGUACCAAUUUGAAGCAGCAGCUUAUGAAACAACAAGUUGCUGAACAAGAACGUAAAGAAUCCUUUUCUCCAGAAUCUAUGAAAAUAUACAUUGACCCAUCAGAUUCGAUUAAUGUUCCCGAGCCCAAAAAUGUCGGCAAAGAAGUACCUCCGCAAGUUCUUCAGGUCAAGACUCAACUUGAACAUCCUACAAAAUACCAUAUUCAGCAGAAGCAAAACCAGCAAAUUCAGCUGUUCUUACAUGAAAAGCAAGUAUCUGGAUCCACAAGUGUUCCAGGAAAUACACAGUCCAUGCCCAAUAUGGUGGCACUUCAGGGUACCAAUAUUACCGAUCAGAGUGACGUACUCCACACAGCCAGUGCUCCUUUGACUAACCCAGACAGUCCUUUACCUUUACCAGCUGUAGCAAAUCCUGCUCCCACAGAUAUGGACAAUAUUUUUCCUGAAGGAAUCAGUCUAGAAUCUGUUGAUGCUACUAUAGAUAAUGACUUGAAUCUUAUUGAGCCAACUCUUACACAAUUAACAUCAACGGGUCAUUCACAUGUGAUUAACAAUUGGGAAAAUAUGGAUGCACACUUCAUUGAUUUUAACAAGGCAUUCAACUCUCAGCCAGACACGAGAGUUUAUAAUAAGCUUCCUCAAACAAGUGUUCUGAACCUCUAUGAUCAACACACAGAAAAUAGCAAAUCAAUAACCUCUGUACCAAAUGCUUUUCGGAUUAAGGCAGCUGAUCCACCACAAUUCCUCAACGAGGAUGAGGCUAGACAGUGGGCAAAAGACCGACAGAAAAAGGAUAACCAUAAUUUGAUUGAACGGAGAAGAAGGUUUAAUAUCAAUGACAGAAUUAAGGAACUUGGAACACUCCUACCCAAAAACAGUGACCCUGACACCCGACAGAAUAAAGGUUCCAUUUUAAAGAAUUCCGUGGACUAUAUUCGAAGACUUAGAAAAGAUCAAGAUAAAAUGCACAACCUUGAAGAAAAAAAUAGAUUGUCAGAGACAAACAACAGAAAACUUAUGCUAAGAGUACAGCAUUUGGAAAUGUUGUGUAAGUCUCACGGAAUAUCAACAGGUCUCCCUAACGACAGCAGUAGCUUGGCAGUCUUUGCAGAUCUUCUCACACCACCUUGUGGAAAAUCCGAUACAGAUUUGCUUUUGGACCAAGUCAAUAAUGGUUUUUCCUCUGUUGGUAGCAGUGCUAUGGACGAAGACAGCUCACCUGUCAGCGGAGAUCCCAUGAUGUCAUCAAAUCCCGUCAGUCCAUCAAUGGAUGAAGAUGAUGACGAACUCAUGUAAAAUCCUCACAGCAAAAUUACGGAACAUUUUGUAAAAAUGAAAGAAAAAAAAAGAUUUUUUAAAUGUCAAAGAAAAGAAUAAAGAAAGAAUACCAAAAAUAUGACAAAAAAAUAAUAAAAUAGAAAUAUAAGAAGCAAAAAGAAACACAGAACCAGAGACAUUUCUUUUGCUUCUCUUCACUCUUUCUUUCUUUACUUCCUUUCCUUAAGUGGAUUAUUAUAAAACAAAAUGUCUUGACUGUAAAAUACAAUUGAAAUUUAUGGACAUCAUACUGAAAAAAAUUCAUGUUAUUUUUGUUUCCAAUAUUGUACAAAAUAUUUCCAAAUUUUCUGUCAACUUCUUUCAAAACAUUAUUUUAUUGAAUUUUUUUUUUUUUGAAAACAAUUUUUUCCUUUCAUAUUUUUCAAAUUUUUUUUUUUUAAAGAAAAAAAAAAAUACUCCCCCUCCUCUCAAAAAAAUGACUAUUUCACAACUAACAGUUUGUAUUCUUAUCAAACUGUAAAUGAGAGAAACACAACUUCAUCAAAUAUACACACCACAAUCCCACGUUUGAAAUUUCAAAUGAACACACCCAUCUUUACAAGAAAGAAAUCGAACCAUAUAUAAAUCAUGUUAUGGACAUA